AAGCAGACGUUGCUGUUGCAUUAGGUGGAAAGAACGUAAGAGCAUUCACUAAUGAGAGUUAUUAAUGAGAUGAGCAUUUACCUCCAUUAAUUGGAUAAUAAUAGCCCAAGCUAGAAAAGAGAAUCAGUUAUAUCUGUGAACUAUCAGUGAAGACAGCAUCGCGUCUAGUCUGUCAUAUUUUCUUCUCAUUUUUAAUUUAAAACGAUGGAGUGGACACACUGUUGCUCUUGUUUUAUUCUACUUCUCUCUUUCUCCCUUUUGCCUGCCGUUUCGUCUUCAUCUUCUAUAUCCGAUGGAAUUUUGGUUCAUCAAGACUCAACUGGGAGAAAUCUCCUUCAGGUUAGAAAAGCUUGUCCUGUUAGCUUUGAGUUUCAGAACUACAGAGUCAUCACUAGCCAAUGCAAAGGACCCCAAUUCCCAGCCAAACAAUGCUGUGAUGCUUUUGUACAGUUUGCUUGUCCUUUUGCUGAUCUUUUGAAUGAUUUGUCAAAUGAUUGCUCCACCACCAUGUUUAGCUACAUCAAUCUCCGCGGGAAGUACCCACCUGGUCUUUUUGCCAGUAUCUGCACAGGUACUAAACAAGGUCUGGACUGCCAUAUAUUAGCACCAUCACAAUCUGCCAAUGAUGAUGCUAAUAGCAGCCAGAUAAACUGUAAGCUAUCACCAGUUCAGAUAAUGGCCACAGCUUUUAUGUGGGUGUUAUUGUUGGUUUUCUGAAGAUGUCACAAGGUAUUAGUAUACUUUCAGUAUUCUUUCUUCAAAUACUGUUUGUACACUGAGUUCUGCAUCACCUUCCACAGCUCCACUGACUGAUAACGAACAAGACAUGCAUUGAAAGGCUCCCUCGUAAUUAUUUACAUCAGACGAAUCAUUUUUGCUGAAUAUCUAUGUAUUAAAAAUACUUCACUUUGUUAUUGAAGAUGCUGGUUGCGAUUCAUCCUUUCAUCUUAUAUAUCCUGCUUGGGGUA